AUGGCUAUUUCUAGCACUGCGCUAGAGAUGAUCUCCUCAGCAAGUCUCUCUCCAACUGAACACCUCCUUCUCAAUCAUUUUGUGGAGAGAGCCGUCGACCCAGACUUAGCCGCCCAGUAUUUGGUUUCAAGGGUCUCCCGUGAGACGGGCGCUGGGGUAAAGGUAGAGGCCUGUCUGCGCUCAUUCAAGCAAGAUUUGCGAAAUCUUGCAUCAAAAGUGACUACAUUCGAUCCGAUUCCAGAACAUCUGGAUACUCUCGUCCGCCGUCGAGAUGGACCAUCCUGCUGCAUGACCACGAAGUUGAAAGAGGGCGGUUCUUUUGGAGCUGUAGAAUCUGCAUACAUAAUUCCCCCGUCUAUGAUCAAGAAUCUUACAGAUGAGGAUUCCUCAAUACUGGAAGCAUUUCUAUCACCACAGGGUGUCCGGCAACUGAAAUUGCUGGUUGAAAGUGGCGACCCUCUCCGGAAUUUGUGGUGUCUAUCCCCAAGCAUCCACAAAGCCUUUCGUCAAGGCCAUGUAGAGAUACGCACAAAAGCUUCCCGGAUGGCUGGGUUGGGGUACUCACCUGAAGAGUGUUCACUUGAGAAGCAUAAAGAUCAGGUAUAUAGACAGAUUCACUGUAGAAGAGUGGGAGUUGCACUAACAGCCAAGUAUAUUCUUGAACAACUUUAUCCUGAAAAAGCAUCUGGUCUGUUCUAUGCCGAUGGAACAAAGGUUGGAAGGACAGUAGGCAUGUUCAAGAUGUCUACCGAGGAUCCUACCCUGAGUCUACCCAGCAGCUUUCUCAUUGAAGUCCAUUACCGAUUCGCCAAUGCACUACAUCUCUUUUCCAUCGAGGAGAAAAUUGCCCUUGGUUGGCCGAAACAGAGAAAAGCUAAGAAUCCAGGCUUCCCUAAUCUCUCCGGGAUGUUCUACUAUCUCUCGCGCUUGAUCCCCCUCUCUCUACGCAUGCGAUUAUACCUCUUCCUCUGGCCCAUUGGAAACAGAAUCUGGGGGAGCCCCGGUCCAACCUGGGGCCCAUCAUGGAUCCAACGACUGCCGUUCAAUCUGAUGAUCAAGGAGUGCAUCCGAGCCCCUCAAAGCGAGCCCAACGCCCUGAGACUGGUGAAGAGAUAUACCACCAUUCCAGCCCCCCGGAUUGUCGAUGUGGGCGAGCACAAGGGCAAAACGUACCUGGUGAUGACGCUUCUACCAGGCCAACCACUGAGUGAAGUGGCCCAUCUGAUGUCGUACGCCGAACGCGACCAAUUUGCCGACGACCUGGCAGACUGCGUGGCGCAGAUGCGAACAAUCCCCAACCAGACGGGGUAUCGCUUUGCCAACACUCUCGGCGGGCCGGUGGUUGAUCACCGCAUCCCAGACGGACAGGGGGGCCCGUUCAACAGCGAGGCGGAUUUCAAUAACCAUCUCACCAGCCAUUUGGGAUGCACGCCGGACGAGAUCCUCGACGGGCUGAGUAUGCGCCAGGAUCACCGGUCGUUCUUUACCCAUGCUGACUUCUUUGGGCUGAACUUGCUUGUCGACCGUGGCCGGCUGAGCGGGAUUGUGGAUUGGGAGUGUGCCGGGUAUAUGCCGGAGUACUGGGAGUACAUCAAGGCGAAGCGAGCUGCUCAUUGCAGCCCGGUUCUGGAGGCCAUCUUUGCCCGGACUUUUGGCUCUGAGUAUACCAAGGAGUGGGAGAUUGAGCGCAAACUGUGGCGGUUGACUCCGUUUGGUGUAUAA